GCGACUCCUCCCGUCUGGCUCAUGCCUGGCAGAACAUUGCUCCAAUUUUACUGAGCAUCGUCUUCCUCCCACUCAAUGCUUCCAUCCUCCUCCUCAGCUAUGCUCUUCGAUCACUUAGCCAGCUCCUCUUCAACACCCGCAAUGCCUCCUCCUCUCCAUCAAAACCACGCACCAUCCUGGUCACGGGCGUAGGAAUGACCAAGGGCCUCGUCCUCGCCCGUCUAUUCCACCUCUCCGGCCAUCGCGUGAUCGGAGCCGACUUCGAACCCAAUGGAGCUCUUGUCCCGGGACGAGUCUCGGUCGCAAUCUCCAAGUUCUACCGCCUGCAGAAGCCGAAACCCACACCCAACGGCUCAGCACCGUACAUCCAAGGUCUCCUCGAUGUCAUCACCAAAGAGAAGGUUGACCUCUGGGUGAGCUGUUCGGGAGUUGCUUCAGCAGUCGAGGAUGGUGAAGCCAAAGAAAUCGUCGAAAGUCGAACAUCCUGCAAAGCGAUCCAGUUUGAUGUCCGCACAACCCAGACUCUACAUGAGAAGAACUCAUUCAUCGAAUACACCGAAUCCAUUGGCUUGACUGUGCCGGAGACCCACAGCAUCACCAGUCGAGAUGCAGUCGCUGCCAUCUUCGACAAAGCUCCGGUGGGCAGGAAAUACAUCCUCAAACCCAUCGGCAUGGACGACUCCGCGCGAGCAGACAUGACUCUGUUGCCCAAGUCGUCAGAGAAGGAGACCUCAGCACACAUCUCCAGACUACGAAUCUCCGAGAAGAACCCCUGGAUCGUGCAACAAUUCGUCCGCGGCGAGGAAUUCUGCACACACGCUCUGAUCAUCAAAGGCAAAGUCAAGGCAUUCGUCGCUUGUCCUUCUGCUGAACUGCUCAUGCACUACGUCGCCCUUCCAACCAACUCAGCUCUCAGUCAAGCGAUGCAGCUCUUCACGGAAAAGUUCGCCGCGAGUUGGGAGUCGGACUUCACGGGCCACUGCUCGUUCGACUUUCUGGUUGAGGAUGCCACACCAAAUGAUCCGAAGAACAUCGUGCUCUACCCAAUCGAGUGCAAUCCUCGAGCGCACACCGCUGUAGCGCUCUUUAACCACACGCCCGAACUCGCAGAUCGAUACCUCGAAGCUUUGUCCUCUUCCUCCUCCAGUACCACGAAGUCCGACCACAUCACAUAUCCAACUUCGCCGAGGACAUACUACUGGGCCGCGCACGACCUUGUAACCCUCGCUCUCCUCCCCGCCCUCUCACUUCUUCGCGGCCAGUCCUCGCUCCAAGACCUCACGCAAAAUCUUGCUUCCUUAGCAACCCAGCUUCUGACGUGGAAAGACGGCACUUAUGAACUCUGGGAUCCUCUCCCCUGGUUCUUCCUCUACCACGUCUACUGGCCAAUGACAUUUUGGAAAUGUUUGGUGGGAGGGAAGAAGUGGAGUAGAGUGAAUGUCAGUACAUUGAAGAUGUUUGAGUGUUGAUGCGGUAUACCGAGUGGAUGGGAGUAGGGAUGAGUGUGAGGAAUGGACUCUGACGCUUGGAGAGAUGGUCGAAAAAAAGAGAAGGUCUGUGAGAUGUCGCAGAGAAGGAAGCCGACGAAGCCACCAUCACGAGCAACGACACACGCUUGCCCGUACAGACUCACCUCAUGAGGAGUAUCACUGCUCCGAAGCGGUUCAACCUUGGACGUUUGCUCGGACAAGAGUUGUCGCAUUCUUUGACGCUAUCUCAAGUCUACGACUUCGUCGACGUUUCGGAAGAGAAGCACUGUACGAUAUUAAUGUCAAGGAAGGAGAACUCACGACUCUGCAGCGAGGAGUCGUUGUGAGAUGGACGCUCAACAGAAUCAUCUACUUUCAUGUCGUUCGACAGCAGCUCAUCACCUGGUUUGUAGAGACAUAAGAAGCCCCUUGGGGUUUGCCAGC